UUGUACCCACAGCGUCACGUUUAACGCGCGCGCGCGCCCCAUUAAGAGGAGGGGGAGGUGUGGGGUAUCGCGAGCUCAGCGGCUCGAGCGCUGCGCGCGCAGCUCGACUGUCACACGGCUCGGUGCUGCUGCUUCAUCUGGGCGCGUGGGCUUCGAGAUAAAGAGAGCGCGCGCCUGUCAACUCUUCUGUCGGGAGACAUAAAAAAACACGCCUCGCGGCUCGCGCACGGCCAACCGACCAGCCGCGCUCGGUUCCGGAGUAACGGCGCCUUCACCGUCCACGCUUUCAUGGGUCUGCGGGGAGGAAACGGAGCGAGCGGUGACGGAAAAACCCAGAAAUAAUGCGGCAUUAAACGGCAGCGGAGGCUUGACAUUUCCCCGGUCUUCAUUCUCGUCGAGUUUAUUCGAAGGGUUGGGCCCAAGAAUUCUCUCUAAAAUAUGAAAAAAUUGGUAUGAAGUUUUAUGCCCACAGUACCUGAAGGAGGCUAAAAAAAAAAAGAAAAGAAAAAGAAAAAGGGAGGUGAUGGAGCACCCGUACAAGGACUCAAUCCCAGUAGACAUGGCAAAUCCUCAGGAAGUCUGCAACAGCACAGUGGGCGGAGUUGACGGCAUUGGCAAACUCGAGAGUGAAACCAGUCCAAUAAUCCCCAGUGAGACCUGGAAUGUCAGUUCUCCUACCAUCUCGAAGAGGUCUGUCUCUCCUCUGCUGGCGAUUCAGGCAGCUCCUGUUGUUGCCCCCAAUACAGAAUCUCCUGGAGGGGUUGCUCUUAAAGUGGCAACCACAGUUCUUCAGCCCAUCUGCUUGGGUGAUAAUCCAGUUGUGCUACCCAUCUUAACAGGCACAGCAGCUGCUCAAGUUGGGCAGGCUGGUACUACGCCAUACCUGAUGACCAGCCAAGGUCCCCUGUCCCUACCCCUGGUUUUAGAGCAGCAGGUGCUGCAGCACCUGAACCCACAGCUCCUUCAGCAGGCUGCCACUUGCCCAGCACUCUCAUUACAGAACAACAUGCUGUGCCAGAACCCUUCAAUCACUCUUGGACCUCCCCCUUCUCUGGACCAGAAAGGUGUUGGUCCGGGCCUGGAUGCAAGUCUGCUGACCCUUCUCCAGAACCCAAAUUUUGCUGCCAUUUUGCAGGAUCUUUUUCCUGGCCAAGGUAAUACCUCUCCUACUUGUCAUCCAACGACUCCCCCUCAGACAGACCCUUUCUCAUCUGCUUUUCUCCCCCCUCCACCACUUACACACCCAUAUAGCUCUCCACUUGCCCCACUAGUACCUCCGGCCACUUUGCUUGUCCCUUAUCCAGUUGUCAUUCCCCUGCCGGUUCCGCUACCAAUCCCAAUUCCCAUUCCAGUCCCAGUCUCAACUUGUAAAGACACCAAGGUUGACAGCGAACACUCCAAACCUGCGUGCACUUCAUGUAAGAGCACUCAGACUUCCACUCAUGAUUUCUGCUCUCCUCUGAUCAGGCCUAGCAAGGACAUGGCAGUCCAACAACCACCUCUUCAGUCUAGUUCAUCCCCAGUGGUGACAGAUGGGGAGGUGCUAGACUUGUCUGUCAAGGCCCCUCAAUCUCAAUCACUGCAUAGUGGCAGUUCACAGGAGAUCCAACCUUUUCAGCAAGACAGUGUACUUGAUCUAUCUGUAUCCAGUGAUAGGAAGACAUGCAUCCAGUCAUGUAGUGUCUAUGGUCCACCACCACCUGACCGAGAGAGAGCCUGCAUCUCUGGAGAAGAUGUCUGUAAUGGAGCUUUGGCUCUGGGGGUCUUGCGACCAGUAGAUUGCACUCCCAAACUGGACUCCAAACUGCUCAGUGGUUUAGCAUCCCUGGAGUUUAGUCGGCAGCACAAGUGGGUGGUGGACAGUGGCAGCAGUGGUUCAGUCACCAGUUCAGUACACGAUGCUGCUCUUGGAAGUAGUGGCAACAUUGAAAUCGUUAGCACUUCACAGACAGCCAAGGUCAUUGUAUCUGUGAAGGAUGCUAUGCCUGCAAUCUUUUGUGGCAAACUCAAAGGUCUGUCAGGGGUCUCCACAAAGAAUUUCUCUAUUAAGUGCGACGCCAGUCAAGGGGGUUACGCUGCCCUGCCUAGAUCCCAAGGAGAGCAGAGGGGAGACCCCAGUGAUGCACUUAAAAAAAUCCCCAAAAACCGAGCGAUAAAACUGAAGAAGGUCAGCUCCCAGGAGAUCCACAUUCUACCCUUAAAGAAACAGCGUCUGGCUGCCUUUCUGCCCAGGAAAUAGCAAGGGCUCUGGUGUUGGUGUGAGCUAGGGGACACCUGUGGGAUGGAGACAGAAUGAAUGAAAUUCAGUGCGUACAAAAUCUUGAAGGGAGGAAGGAAGGAAGGAAGGAAGGAAGGAAGGAAGAAAGGAAGGAAGACAUAAAGAUAGAAGAACUGGGAGAGAGGGAGAGCAGGAAGGAACUAGGGUUUGUUGAUGCUAAAGGCAUUUCUGGCAGAAACAAGACUUGGACACUCUCUAAACUGUCCAGAAAUAUUUAGGGCAAUGCUGGCCGCCUCUGUUUUGCCUGGUCGGCAUUUGAUCCGUUCAUUAUAAAGUAAUCAGACAGAUUAAGUGGCUGAGUCCACAAGAAAUAGAAUAUACAAGGAGCUGAUAAUGACAGACUGCAACACUACUGAAAAAAAUUACUUGCAUUUCCACAUUUAAUUUCCCCCCAAACUGCUCCUCUGCUAUGCAUUUUGAUUUUGGUCACACAUCCCCAUGAAUUAUUCAUGACUUCUCUAAUCUAAAUGUCCAUUAAUAUGCAUAAGCUUAGUUCAGAGAUUGUGCCAGCUGCCAGAAUGAAAUCAGUCCUGUAUUCCUCAUACAAACAAUGUGACGAAUUUAAAUUGUUCGACUCGUAACACAUGCUGUUUGCUAUAAGUCCUUGUGCAGGACUCUCCCCAGGUAUUGUUUCCAAAAAUGAACUUUGUGUGUACAGAUUUUUGUAUUCACUUGUGGUAGUGCGUGACCUCCGUGCUGUGUCCCGGUAACUGGUAAUCGCUGUAUAAAUCAGUGGAUCAGCUAAGCGGAACAUCCACUUUCAACUGGGGGUAGGGUUAGCAGUUAGCACAGCGGGCUAGUAAUGACUUGCCAAAGCAAAAGGUCUCUGUUUCAUUAACUUUGAUGAUCGGCAGAAAUGGAUGUCAGUGGCAACAAAGCACAGUUUUUCGUCCUGGGGGAGGGUGAGCGGCGGGGAAGAACACACUGCCCACCCAUCUCAAUUAGAACAACAUAAUCACCAGGAGCUUGCAUACAGCACAGUAAAUGCAAUUUAAAGGGGUUAUUAAUGAUCUUUGCAUAGGCUUUUUAAAAAAUCUUUUAUCGAGAUUUUAUGAGCCCUGUGAACUGCAGACCUGUGUUCAUCAUAACAGGCUUAACUGGUAUUAUCUACUCGGAUUUAUUACUGCAGCAAUAUCUGCUUCUGAAAUUGGGUGGGGUGCUUAUUGCACCACUAGGUUUUAGUUUUGUUAUACUAAACCCCAAUGAAAAUGACAACCAAUAAAUCAAGUUGUUUGUGUUUCAUAUUGCACUCCCCCACAUUCCCUGCACAAGCUUUCUGCAUCCAGCAUUGUGUGUGUGAGUGACAAUUUUAAACUACUCUCCCACAGUUUAAUGAUUGAAAGAAGACAAUUGAAUUUGAUUUUUGUCCUCUCUCAUUUAGGUCUCAUUUAGUUUGGUCUAUCAACAUCAGUUGAGCGUUGUACUUUUUUUUUUCGGUUGUUAUUUUGCUCACAAACAGCGAUGUUCUUACUGUAUUGCUCAUACUUGUGAUCCUGUCAUCAGUUAAGUCCCAUUUCUAGUCCAAUAUUUUUCUAUGAUUACAUUAGGGGUGUAACGAAAUGACACUAUCUAAACAAAUCUGUUUAGUGCUCCAAACAUCCGUAUUUGGAUUGUUUUUAAGUCAUGAAAAAGCAGGAAAAAAAAACCCAGAGGGAGAAAUGUCAUGGCUGUCAGCGUGGUGUGUAAAUUCAGACUCUGACAUUUCCUUGACCUCAGCUACAUCACUCCAGUUCAAAAUUGGUCUGAACAGCCUGACCAGUAGAUGCAUCACACAUCUUAACAAACAUGGUCUUUCUGGCACGCUUUCUUAAAAAAAAUAAUAUAUAUUCAUUAUCUGUUCAAUUCAAGUAAUGUACUUAUAUUUGGUUGCAUCCCUAAUUUACAUACAGUUAGGUCCAUAUAUAUUUGGACACUGACACAAAUUUUGUUUUUUUUUACCUGUUUACUGAAACAUAUUCAAGUUAUAGUUAUAUA